ACCUUUUUCGCAGGGUUAUCCUCUCAUCGGAGUUAACCGGAGUCACGGAGUUAAAAUAUAUAUUAACUAAAGUAAAAAGGGGGAAGGUGACUCUGGUAAACGACCUAUCUACGGGACAAUCCGGAAGCUUGAUUCUAUUAGCAGAGCAUGGCAUAAACUCUUAAAAGGGGGCCUACUUUUAGUUCUGAAGGGAAGCUAAAUGGAAGGAAUAAUACUUCUCAUAUCGGAUGACUAAGCAUCACCCCUUUCCACACUUAAACAACCUUGUCUUCGAAGAGACUAUUCUAUAUUACUGGCGAUGUCAGUACACUAACUGCCUUGAUAGAUCAUGGCUACAACAUACGCGCGCGAGCCGUUGCCAAAAAAAAGAUAUUUAAGAAAGGUAGAUGUUGCGUAGCAUUCAACAGAUAGGGAUUAGCUUGUAUGCCCGACCUCAGCUGAACUAUUAGGUGUUGAUCGACCCCACAACUUCGACAAGGCUCUGACUCUAGGUCAACAUCCUACAAACUCCAUCGUGUAAACUUUUUGGUGGCAUUCGAACUAGACACUAUGUCAAAAUCAACAUUAACAUCAUCUUCAUAUCUGUGCGAGGAGUGCAAGUCUAUCUUCUCGGAAGAUUCCGAAGAAUGGUGGAAAUCAUGGCAUCAAGAGCACCCCGAAGGGAUUACAAGGAGGGAUGAGUACCCAGCGACGCACCAUCCAUUAGACCAAAGCUUUCGUGACGCGGUAGCUGCAGGAUGCUGGCUUUGUAACCAAAUUGACAGUCAUCGUGACCGGCUUUACGCUGACACAACCGAUUCUCUCAACUACUAUUUGCGAGAUUCGAGUACCAACGAAAGACUUCUAGCCUUCUCUAAAAACGGCUGUCGGGUUUCUAUAAGGAAAGUCGAAAAUCGGACGCCGUUUUAUAGCCUCGCCUUGAAGUCUAAGUCGAAUCCUUCGACUGGAUGUGACGACUUGGCUCGCCUUACUGCUGAAUGGCUAAGGAUAUGCUGCGCUUCGCACCAAUGUCUGCAAUACCAAGAAUCGCCGUGGUACCCGACGCGGCUCCUGAAGUUUUCCGACGAUACCGUACGUAUGAUACAUACGAAAGACGAACCAGAUUUGACGAGUCCUUAUGCAGCAUUAAGUUACUGCUGGGGUAAAACGAAAUUUGAAGUACUAACUUCGUCUACGAUACAAAAGUUCCGGGAGGGAAUCAACGUUCAUUCUCUCCCGAAGACGUUUCAGGAGACCAUGCACUUUUAAAGGGGCUCCAGAUUGGGUACCUGUGGGUCGAUAGUUUCUGCAUCAUCCAAGACUCCGAAGAUGACUGGAACUACGAAGCUAGCAGGAUGGGAGAUGUCUAUCGACACUCUUACUUAACCAUAGCUUCGUCAAAUUC